AUGAAGCUAACAAACACACUCCUCAUCCCACUCAUCAUUGCCUUCGAAACCCAGGCCCAGAACCAUUCCACUCUGUCGGGAAACCACAGCAUUGACAUGCUCAAUUUCACAGAAGCAGACACACUUGCCAGAUCACUGACAUGGUACCAUUUAGAUGAUGGCCAAGAAACGUGCGGCAACACGGACGCCAAGACGGAGGGGAAAGACGACAUUCUGAAGGAGGACUGCCAACAGCUCGUGGAUUUCUUGAAGAGUAGACCUGGGUACUGGAAGGUCAACGGCUACAACAAGAUGGGAAUGGUGGCCGAUCUUGGCAAUCGCGGCACAUGUGAAUUCACCGUCGCUCGUGAAGACGGGUUGAAUACGUAUUUUGAGUAA